AUGGCCACAACCGAACCUGAACAGCAGAUUUCCUUGAAGCUUGUGGUAACCAAAGAAAGGAACAAAGUAGUAUUUGCAGAGGCCGAGAAGGACUUUGUAGAUGUUCUCAUUAGCUUGCUCACAUUGCCUUUGGGAACUAUUAUAAGACUUGUGCGUGAGGAGUCAAAUAUGCAACCGAUUGAAGUUGGAUCACUUACCUCACUCUAUCGGAGUGUGGAAAAUCCAGACAAAGAAUUUCUUAGUACAGAUUCGUGCAAACAAAUGAUACUGCGACCAAAGAACUCAAUGGAACGUUGUUGCAAGAGUCUGAAGCUGAAAAUCGACGACACAAAGCCCACAGAGUACUUCGCUUGUACCAACCUAGACAAUUGUCGAUUUAAAAGCCCGGUCUUAAUAAGCAUGUUCAAGAAUAGAAGAUGCAGAUGUGGGUACAUGUUGGACAAACCCAUUUCUCUUGGAAGUUUCUCUGUCUUUGAUGGUUUUGUUAAGGAUGAUGAUACUUUUUUAAUCACAGAUGAUUUGAAAGUUGUGCCAAACUCAUUGAAUGCAUUUUUUGAUCUGUUCAAAAGUUGUGGAGUAGAAAGCCCGUCUUCAGUGAAUAAAAUGACGGUUACUGUAACCAAAAACCAGGUAAUGGAUCUGCUCAAAAGUUGUUUGAUCUCAACAGCAACUCUGACAAGUGUGUUCUUAGCAAAACCGAGUAUUGAAAAAUAUAGAAAAGUUGAAUUUCCUCCCUUUGAUGUGAAUGAAAAUGAUAGUUUCAAACUCAACGUGAAUAUAGUGCAGAGAAAAUCAAACGGGAAGAUAGUGUUUGCUCAAGGAAAAGAAGAUUUUGUAGACUUUCUUCUUAGUUUGCUGACAAUUCCUUUAAGAGGAGUGCAUGAAAAUAGUUUCCAAGGAUUUAAAGAUGUGGAUUUUGUUGAUCCUAAAGAAAAUAGUAAAAAUAUUGUAAAAGGGCCCACCGUGUACAUGGUAACAGAUGAUUUAGUUGUGACGCCAAUGACGUCAACUUCUGUUAUAUCUUUACUUGCAACUAUGAGCAUUCCCUUCAGUGACUUGGAAGAGAAAGAGUUUAGCAUUGGCAUCAAGGAGGUAGGAAAGUAA